AUGAUGGAACUUGAGCUUGUGCUAGGUGAAGAGGCAGAAAGGCUCGCACUGGUGCUAGUAGAAGCACGAGAAGCAACACUUGAGCUCGAGGAUGGAGCAGACGAGCUCGGACUUGUGCCUGUAGCCAAUGAAGAGCUUGCACUUGUGCUGAGUGUAGAGACCGAAACCGUGCUAGAUAAACCGGGAGAGGCGAUUAUGCCUGUAGACAGACUUGAAGAGCGUUUGACCGAAGCCGAAGAGGAAGACGUCGAAGUUACGCUCAUGCUAAUAGAAGUAGACAAAACUGUGUCUGGACUCGAAACAGACGAGCUUGUGCCUAGGGCAAGUGAAGCAGAAGAGUCGCUCUUGCUUUGA